AUGGCGAGACAGAUUAUUAGUUUUGAACUAGUUCACAUAAUAUCCAUCACAUUCCUGGGAGGUACCUUGUCUGUCUCUGGAUUUGAAACUUCUUCUUAUACAUGUACAGGGAAACAUGUGUUUUAUGCCGCUGAAAAUCGCGCCCUAAGAGAGUUUGCAUAUGCAGCAAAAACAAUGCGAUCUCGUGUCAUCUGCGGACGGGAAUGCACCAUGGAUGAACGUUGCAAGUCGUUCAACUUUAACGACUGCAGUAAACUGUGCGAGUUGAACCUCGCCACAAGACGAGAGCAUCCCGAAGACUUCAAUGCAACUCAAGGGAGCGUGUACUUUGAUGCAGAUGAGGACACACCUUUCUACUCACUGACUGAUAUCCCCAUGAAUCGCUACAGAAGUUGCAAGAUGCUCUUAGAUGCCGGAUAUUGUUCAACCGGUAUCUUCACAAUCUACCCAGAAGGAUUCGGUAAUGGCAUUCUUCGUGUCUACUGUGACAUGGAAACUGACGGCGGGGGGUGGAUAGUAUUUCAGAGGCGACAAGAUGGCAGCGUGGACUUCAACCGUAACUGGGCGGAGUACCAGUCUGGUUUUGGCGAUCUGCCCGGUGAGUUCUGGUUAGGCAAUGACAAGUUGGUGACUCUGACGUCUGAUGAUUUACAAGGAACAUGGGAGCUACGAGCUGAUUUAGAGGACUGGGAGGGCAACACGAGAUGGGCAAAAUACUCGGAUUUCAAAAUAUCUCCGGGUGAGUACAAUCUGAAUAUUGGCCAAUACGAUGCGAGCAGCACUGCCGGUGACUCUCUUGGCUAUCACAGAGGACGUUCCUUCACAACAAAGGAUCGUGACAAUGAUGCCACAAAUUUUAACUGUGCCCAAAGGAACUCAGGAGGCUGGUGGUUUUAUGCAUGUUAUCGCUGCCACUUGAACGGUUUAUAUUACCCAGAUGAGAAUGCAGGUAGUGACAGGGGCGUGCAAUGGCGGGCAUGGAAACCGCAUUAUUCUUUUAAAGCAUGUAGCAUGAAAAUGCGAGAAAUUCAACCAUGACCUAAGAUUCCGUAGU